AUGUUUGAUGUCCAGGUAAAGCGCAUACAUGAAUACAAGCGGCAGUUACUGAAUAUAAUGGGAAUUGUUUAUCGCUAUAAGAAAAUGAAAGAAAUGAGUCCUGAGGACAGAGAGACCAAGUAUGUCCCCUGUGUUUGUAUAUUUGGAGGCAAAGCAUUUGCUACAUAUGUCCAAGCCAAGAGGAUUUUGAAAUUUAUCACAGAUGCGGGAGCUAUGAUUAAUCAUGAUGCAGACAUUGGCGACCUUUUGAAGGUUGUCUUGGUUCCUGAUUACAAUGUCAGUGUUGCAGAAGUACUAAUUCCAGGAAGUGACCUUUCACAGCACAUCAGCACGGCUGGAAUGGAGGCCAGUGGAACCAGCAAUAUGAAGUUUGCAAUGAAUGGCUGCAUUCUUAUUGGCACCUUAGAUGGAGCUAAUGUUGAAAUAAGGGAAGAGGUUGGAGACGACAAUUUUUUCCUCUUUGGUGCACAGGCUCACGACAUUGCAGGCCUAAGAAAGGAAAGGGCUGAGGGAAAGUUCAUUUCGGACCCACGGUUCGAAGACGUGAAGGCAUUUGUCAGAAGUGGUGUUUUUGGCCCUUACAACUAUGAAGAACUCAUGGGAUCCCUGGAAGGAAAUGAAGGUUAUGGCCAAGCUGAUUAUUUCCUUGCUGGCAAGGACUUCCCUAGUUAUGUAGAGUGCCAAGAGAAGGUUGAUGAGGCAUAUAAAGAUCAGAAACUGGAUCAUACAAGUUCAGCAGCGACAGAACGAUUCAUGAAUAUGCAAGAGACAUCUGGAGAAUCCGGCAUGUUCUAUUGGCUUGAAUUGAUGAUAUCUGCACGGACAUGGGGAGAUUGUGGAUGGAGUGGGAUCUUCCAAAAUCAAAAUUGCAAUAGAAAAGCAACUCCUUGCCAUUUGAAAAGAAUUCCCGUGAAGAAACAUUACACGAUUCAAGUCAAGACAGAAAACCAUAGCAGCAGCAGAAGAGCACGUCAUCUAAAUAAAGUAGAGGUUAGUGUAACAGCAAGGAUGGCUUCUAUCAUGCCAGCAAAACAGAUUAAAACGUCAGGCUGUGUGUAG